GGUACGUUUUGCGCUCUUCUCAUACUCUCAAAAUGUGCGGGAUUUGUGGAAUACUGGCGAGAGAGCCUAUGUUCGGGCAUCACGAGGUGGUGCAAGUAUUGCAGACAGUGGUGGAGAUUGGGCUGUGAGGAAAUUGGGCCGAGUUCGAGGAUACGCUGUUGCUUUUGCCUCGCGAUCAAGUCACGGCACGUAGAAAGUCAUAUUACGCUUGCCCUCCCGCAACGAGUUGGCUUAUGACUCUGUCUGCAUCGCGAUAUGAAUGCCAGCUGGUAAUAUGUUACGUAACGGAGCAUAUGUCUCAGCCGCACUGACAUCCGUACACGUUGGCUUGACAUGCUGCAAUCAUCUCUUGAACUCGACCCAUCGUUCGCGAUGAGCACGAAGACUUCGGAUCUCCCCUUCUCGGAAUUCGCAUCCAUUCUACCCGCAGCAGAUCUCGCCGAUCUCGCCGGACUCUGCGCUUCAGCUGUGCGAGAGCGAACGUUGGCCAGGGCAGAAGAGUACCGUCGCUUUGCGCUCGCACUGCACUCGGUUCACAACGCCGUCCUUCCCAUCCAUCGGCUUCCGUUCGAACUUCUGUCAACCAUUUUCCGGAAAGCGUGGAAGGAUCGGUCGAGUCUGCGCAUGGCUCAUGUUUGCCGCAGGUGGCGCUCCACCGCGCUGCAGACUCCGGCGCUAUGGGCGGACGCAAUUGCCUGUACAUCGUUCACUCUCGCUGGGCCUGAUCAAUAUUCCUACAUGGACACUCUCCUGGAACGCUCUGUUCCCCGCGACGUCCGUAUGACUAUAUGCUACUUCCCCAAAGCGCUUCGCUUUCAUCUACUCCCCCACAUCUCCAGGAUCGCCGUCUUGGACAUCAAAAUCCACAGCGCCAAUCAACUACAUAACCUGUGGGAGACUCUCCGAGGAGGAAUGUCCUGCCUCGAAGGGCUCUAUAUCCUAUGUCCAAUCACGGACUAUCACGAAUUCAUAGACUACCCUCCCCGUACGUGGCUGAAUGAAUGGGGAUCGCGGGUCGCCUGCAAGGCAUUGCCGAAUGGGAGUCUCCCGCGCCUCCGUCACCUCCGAAUACCAGGAGCUCUCUUCCCGCUCAUCGCCUGCGGAACCUUAACACACGUCACUCUGCACAACCCUCGCCCCCAUAAAACCGACAUACGCUUACCCUCAGUCACCCGUCUGCACAAGGCGCUCGGGAAAUGUAGGGAGACAUUGGAGGUACUCAGGCUGAUACAAGUGCUCCCAACGCCACAACCAACGCGCGACACCGCGAUCGGGGAACACCGCGAACCCAUACACCUCCGCUCCCUCUGCGAUCUUCUCAUCGUCGAAGAACGCGCCUUUGCUUCCGGUCCCCUCGUAGGUCUGAUCCUACCUCCUACUUGUCGCAUUCACCUGAGCGAUGGCCCGUGCACCGAUCACCCGUGCCCGUGGGGCCAUGACCCGGGACCCGAUCACCGCGUUUGGCUAGAUCCCGACCAACGCAGUCUCGAGGCUGUCCAUUCCCUGCUCUCCGGGAUCUCUCUAGUCAAGUUAGAGAUCGGCUGGAAAUUCACCAUGCGAUGCUACACGCAGGACGGCAGUGCUCACAGUCUCUCGGAACGCUUUCGAGCGGAGACGUUCGUCAGGCACUCAAGAGUGGAGACGAUUGUGAGGCCGCUGUUCCGUCCCAAAAUACCGAUGUUGUCUGUCAACGUCACACACCUGAUUCUGAGCAUCAUCGACGGAUGGUAUUCAGAACAGCCAGCGCUCUUCGAGGCCUUCCCGCACCUCCUCCGGGUAGAGAUCGACGUAAAAGAAGCAGGUCUUUGGGAGACUCUCUACUUGCUGAAGGGGCCGGGAGAGGGCAAUUCCGACGGGACGGGCUCGCGCGGACCAGUGUGUCCGUCUCUACGAGAACUCGUAAUGUGGGUGGAAGUACCCAAAGGCUCCCUUCGACCGCUGCUGGAGUCGCCGAACCUGGAUGACUUUGAGGAGUACGUGGCCAAGAGAAUGCGACAAUUCAGAGACGUCCUUGAGUGGCGAGCUUUCAAGUCGCCAAGCCCCAGUCGACUCACGUAUCUGAAAAUUCAUCAACACGAAGAGGGGUCCCUCAAACCGAGGGGCCGCACAGUUGUAGAAGAUGAUCUUUCAUCUAUAGAGUCGAAGGUGGUACAAGCUUGUUUCGAGGAUCUAUAUGCAUUGGUAGACGGCGAAGUGGUAUUCAAGGGGUUUCGGAAUUUCACCAGUUUCUAGUAGUUGUGUAUGGCAUGUAACAAGGGACGAGUGUUCACUUUCGGAUAAUCAGGCAGACCCGAUGGACCGUCUCGA